UUCUCCGUUUCACCCCCUCGUGCGCUCUCACUCUCACUCUCCCUUUCUCUCGUGGAGACGACUGGGCGACCGCCGGCGCCGACCUACACCAGGUGCCCAGGCCUUCGUCGGGACCAUCGCCGGCGACGAACACCCACCAGCUGGAUCUGAUCCAAUUACAGGUGCAUACACGCAUUAUGCCUACUAAUUUCGAUUUUUUGCAAAAAAAAAAAAUCGGUCAGAAAUGUCUUCAGUUGGGAGAAGCAAUGGCACCAGGGCGGCGAAUGGUGCAGCUGCCAUCAGUACUUCCACGACGGAAGCAGGCUCAGCCGACGCCAGAUUUCACUCCCAACUACUACAUCAGGACAGGCAAAGUAGAUGGGCUGGCUGCUUUUCAGGCUUAUCAUGUUUCGGAUCGCAGAAGGGCGGGAAAAGAAUUGUUCCUGCAGCACGCACUUCUGAUGGGAAUGGAUCAAAUACUCGUGGAAAUGGUCUCCAGUCUGGUGCCAAUUCAAACCAAAAUCUGCCUAUGAAUUUAUCUCUUCUAGCUCCACCAUCAUCACCAGCAUCCUUCUCAAACUCUGCGCUUCCUUCGACUGCUCAAUCACCGAAUUGCUUUCUGUCUGUAUCUGCAAACUCUCCUGGUGGUCCAACGUCCAAUAUGUUCGCUGUUGGGCCAUAUGCUAAUGAACCUCAACUUGUCUCACCACCUGUCUUCUCAACUUACACAACUGAGCCAUCCACUGCACCGUUGACCCCACCACCUGAGCUGGCUCAUGCAACUACACCUUCUUCUCCAGAUGUUCCAUAUGCUAGAUUUCUUUCUUCUUCUAUGGGUAUCAAAACUGCCAGCAAGGAUCACAACAUGCCUUUCCUAUCAACAACCUAUUCUGGUGGUUCAGGACUCCAGACAUCUUAUCCACUUUACCCUGAAAGCCCCUGUAGCAGCCUCAUCUCACCGGCUUCAGUAACUCCGAGGACUGGUCUAUCUUCACCUAUACCUGAGCAAGAGGUUCCUCCUGCCCAUUGGAAGACCUCUAGGUCUGCCUGCGACACGCCAUAUUUCAGGGCUUCGCCCAUUCCCGAGCAAGAAACCACUGCACAAUGGAAGACCUCUAGAUCUGCUUGUGACACACCGUAUGCCAGGACCUCACCAACCAAUAUAUUUGGGCUGGAUUCAUCUACACCGAGAAACUAUAUGCUAGACAACAAUUUCUUUCGGCCAGCGGCAUCUGCUCAAUUCUACCUGGACCAGGCUCAGCAGACAUUUUCACAUAAUGGCGGAAGGGUCAGUGUAUCCAGGGAGAAGCAAGGUGCCGAUGAAAUUGAAGCUUACAGGGCUUCAUUUGGAUUUAGUGCGGAUGAAAUUGUCCAAUCUCAGUCUUAUGUGGGAAUACCGGAUGCAGUUGAUGAAUCAUUCAGUAUAUCACCAUUUGGAAACAAUACUCCAGCUACUGAGAUCUGCCCAUUCAGUGAUCUGCCUAAUGAGGUGGAUAAAUCAUGUGCCUACGCGAAAGAUGACACAAGCCCAAAGAAAUCAGCAAACCAGCUCUCCACUGAUUCUCCAAACAAAGUUCUGCGUUUGGACGUGUUCAAAGGAACAAAAGGAGGUCAUCAGUCUGAGGACGAGUGUAUCAGGAAAGAUGGUCAUCUUUUCAGAAAGACAGCAGAUGAAAUAUCCCUAAAACCCAUAGAAGUAAGAAAGAAAUCGCUUCCUGGCCAUUCUUGCUCGGAUGCAGAGAUCGAGUACAGGAGGACACGGAGUUUAAGGGAUGCCAACGGCGUUCUAUCACGGCGCAGUGCAUUGGCAAGACAGCUGCACUAAUAUGGUACUAGUAUGCAGGGUGAUUUCAUAGUUCAUGUAGCCUAGUGUGCAUUGGAUCCGAGCUGUCAUUAGAGUAAUCUGUAGGGCAAAGAGUAGCCUCUACCGUAUAUGAGGAUCAUAUUGCCAGAUUGUGCUCUAGAUAUGUGAUUAUGAGCCUGUACUCUGUUUGAACUCCAAGAUCCUCUUUGUAGGCACACUCCAAUCGUAUGCAGGAGCUGUGAGAUGGAAUAGCGUUGGUACAUUACAGGAGUUCGUGUUUCGGUCUUCCUCUUCCUGAUGAUGUAACUUGUGUUUGAAUCUUGCAGAAUGCUGGUUUGGAAUCUUUGUGCCUUUUUCUU